ACUGUUUUUCCAGUCACUUCGACACGACUGCGGUGACAGUCAGUACAGGAAAGAAGAACUCGGAUACACUCAAGAAGACUCAAACAGCACUUAAAGUUACUUUUUUGUCGUCUCAAGAUUGUUGUAUAUUUUUUUUAAAUCGGAACAAAAAGGAGACUACAACCAGCAGCGCUUCUCAAGCUUCAAGCUAUAUGUAUUGGAUUUAACUUUUCUUUCCCGUCGCCCUACUAUGGUCAUAAUGGAGGUGCCCACCAUCGACUGUGCGUCCCUCCGUGGUCUGUUGGAGGCCGACGCUCCGGGCUGCCUGGUGCUGGACUGCCGCUCUUUUCUAUCCUUCAACGGUUCCCACAUCGCGGCCUCCACCAACGUCCGCUUCAGCACCAUCGUGCGAAGACGAGCCAGGGGAGGCCUAGGACUCGAGCACAUUGUCCCCAACGAGGACACCAGGAGCCGGCUCCUGUCUGGCGAGUACCAGUCGGUGGUGCUUCUGGACGAUCACAGUUGUGACUUAAGCCAAGCCAAGAAAGACGGGACUUUGAUGCUGGCUGUGGCGGCCCUCUGCCGGGACCCCUGUGGCGCAAGUGUCUUCAUACUUAAAGGUGGAUUUGACGCAUUUUUCAAAGAGUAUCCAGAUAUGUGCACCAAGCCUUCUCCCUCCCAAGGGCUCAGUCUACCUCUGAGCUCCAGCCACCCAGGAAGCGCAGACCCGAGCUGCAGUCCAUGCAACACACCACUUUAUGACCAGGGAGGUCCAGUGGAGAUCUUGCCCUUCCUGUAUCUCGGUAGCGCUUACCAUGCGUCCCGAAAAGACAUGCUGGAUAUGUUGGGGAUCACCGCCCUGAUAAAUGUGUCCGCCAACUGCCCCAACCACUUUGAAGACUCCUUUUUGUACAAGAGCAUCCCUGUGGAGGACAACCACAAAGCGGAUAUCAGUUCCUGGUUCAACGAGGCCAUUGACUUUAUCGAUUCAGUUCGCAACAACGGCGGUCGCGUGUUCGUCCACUGUCAAGCGGGCAUCUCCCGUUCAGCCACCAUCUGCCUCGCCUACCUCAUGCGCACCAACCGCGUCAAACUUGACGAGGCCUUUGAGUUUGUGAAGCAGCGCCGCAGCAUCAUCUCGCCCAACUUCAGCUUCAUGGGGCAGCUCCUCCAGUUUGAGUCGCAGGUGCUCGCCUCCUCCACCUGCUCGUCGGAGGCCGGAAGUCCGGCCAUCGGCAACGGCGGCACUGUUUUCAAUUUCCCGGUGUCCAUCCCGGUGCACUCGUCUGCCAGUCAGCUCUCCUUUCUCCACAGUCCCAUCACUACCUCUCCUAGCUGUUGACUGAUAAUGGGAUGAAAGCAACAACAAGAACAUAAGUGUUGACUCUUAAACAGUGGUGCUGGUAUCACUGCACUAAAUGUGCAUUUGACGCUUUAACCUUGUAUCCCGGCGUCAAUUUAAGGGGAGACGUGGCAGCUACCAACAAGUAGUAUUGUUGGAUGUAUGUGAAAGGAUUCUGCUACAUGAAGGCAAAUGCUUUUGAUAAUCAAAGUAAUGUAUUGACGAAUCAGAGAGCUAACAUAGUCUCGGUCGGGAAUGUUGACUUCCCAGGUGUCUCUAUUUUGCUUCCUAGUUAAGGGAUCCAAUUAUUAACCUAUGCUGACAAGUUACUGCUUCUUUGAAGAACAAGUGAAUGUAUUCCCUUUGUCAGAAGAGGCCAAUUUGAAUGCCAAUUUUCCUUUGCUAGAUGUGACGAUCCUGAAGUGAUGGGGAACGUGACCAUUAAAUACCUCAUGUUUCUGUACUGUGUACUGCAAACCCUGUGGUGGACAAGAAGUCUGCAAUGAUUGCUAUGUGACAUAUUUAUUGAACUAAAGUAAUAUAUUUCUCUAGUGUAUCUAUUUUUGCAUAUGUAUAAAUGUUUUUUAUACCACUGAAUAAAUGAAAUAUGACUUUGUACAUUUAAAAAUGA